UGCACACACUUUAAUCCACUUCACCACCUAGCCACAUGCCCUAAAAACUGUAUCGCUUCUCUGACUGUGGGAAGAGUUUCAGUCAUUCAGGAGACAUGAAAAAGCACCAACGAAUUCACACUGGAGAGAAACCAUUUCGCUGCUCUGACUGUGGGAUGAGUUUCAGUUACACAGAAGCCCUGAAAGCCCACCAGCAAAUGCAUAUAGGAUAUAACCUGUAUUGCUGCUCUGACUGUGGGAAGAGUUUCAGUUUUUCAGGAUACAUGAAAAAACACCAGCAAAGUCACACUGGAGAGAAACCAUAUCUCUGCUCUGACUGUGGGAAGAGUUUCCGUUUUUCAGGAGACAUGAAAAAACACCAGAGAAUUCACACAGGAGAGAAGCUGUAUUGCUGCUCUGACUGUGGGAAGAGUUUCCGUUUUAAAAACAACCUUCUUACACACCGACAAAUUCACACGGGAGAAAAACCGUGUCACUGCUCUGACUGUGGGAAGAUUUUCCGUACUAAAAAUGACCUUCGAGUACAUCAACAAAUUCAUUCAGGAGAGAAACCGUAUUGGUGCUCUGACUGUGGCAAGCACUUCCGUCAGGCAGGAGCUCUGAAUUCACACCAGCGAAUUCACAACGGUGACAAAGUCCAUGUUAAUUCAGAACGAAACCUUAACCUUGCAUUAUGAGUUCCUGUGUAAUUUACUGUUUUGUGUUUCACUCUAAGAGCUUGAUUUUUAAAUGGUCAAAAUGCUCUUCAAGAACUUAAACUCUGAUUGUGUCAGAAAGUGGGCGGAGACGCGGACACGUCACAAGAGGCUUCUCUGCUGUCAGUUUAACUCAGGCUGUCAAUGCAGUCAUAAGAACAUAAGAAAGUUUAACAACGAGAGGAGGCCAUUCAGCCCAUCUUGCUCGUUUGGUUGUUAGUAGCUUACUGAUCCUAGAAUCUCAU